CUUAUCUGGUGGUUUUUUUUCAUCCCCAGCUCCUUCGUUGGACAAAAUGCAAGCCUUCCAGGUAGGCCUAUAUUGAUUCAAUAUUGUACUUCUCGCUCAUUAAUCAAAAUUAAAUAUGCGCCUAAGCUAAGACUAAUAAACUGUUUCGUUUUGUUUUAUGAAGAAAAUUGCGCAUUCAAUGUAAGCGUGAAGGAAACUCUAUAAAGUAACCUACAAUGUUUUAACAGUGAUUUGUUCGAGUUUGAGCAUAGCGUUCGUUUGGAUUUAACUAGUACUAAUCGUAGUUUAAAUGUGUAGGCCCAAUGAUCCAGCAUUAUGUAGACCUAUAAAUAAUCUAAGUCUAACGAACUAAAAAUAAAGUUAUCGUUUUAAUGGGUUACCGGAAAUUUGAUCGAAAGAAAGUUCGUCGACGGUAAAUUAAUCGACGGUAAUUUGAUCAAACAGAAAUUUGGUCGAAUCUUUUUUUUCAGUUUACACUUUAAAAUUUUCCUCAAAUUUAUUUUUGAACGCACAAUACUAUAUGGUAAAACAAAAUAAUGCGUUCAAAAAGAAAUUUGAAGCAAAAUUUUAACGUAAAAACUGAAAAAAUGAUUCGACCAAGAUUCCGGUCGAUCAAAUUACCGUCGAUCAAUUUACCGUCGACGAAAUUUCUUUCGAUCAAAUUUCCGGAUACGGUUUUAAAGUUUCACCAUAGACAAAAGCAUAGAUUUAAAAUUUACUUCAUAUCACCAGUCUUGGAAUUUCAUAGCUUUCUUAACUACCAUUUGUUGUUGUCGUAUUGAUGUUUAAUUAAGUUUGUUAAAUGUGCCAACUCUUAACCUCAGGGAGACCACGUUUGGUUAGAACCAGACAAACCUGGAGAUUUUGCUGUUGCCAUCGGUGCCAAGGUUAUCGCCGUGGAGUUUGGCCAGGUGCAGUUGGAGGAUGACGACGGGAAUGAGCACUACGUGGACAGCUCACGCGUGCUGCGUCACAUGCACGUCACGUCAUUGGAAGGCGUCGAGGACAUGAUAAGACUGGGAGAUCUCAACGAGUCGGGGAUUCUCAGAAAUUUGUUUAUUCGAUACACGAGACACCAUAUUUAUGUGAGGAAAGUUUCUGCUUUUCACAUGACAAUUCAUAUUAACCUAUUAGCCAAUAUCAAAUUCCAGAACGUUUUCCUUGCAAAGUAGGGUGGCGAGAAAUAAUCAAUAUUUAUUAAUUUAUGUUGUUGUUGUGGGAGUAGGAGUUCAUAAUUAAUAUUUAUUUCUUUCAUUUUUUUUAAAAUGUGGCCAUGGACCCACUGACUCAGGGCAGUCAGGGCCUCACGCUUUUAGGGGGCCUCACGCCUUUUAGAAGAAUCACUCUUUUAUAGGUAUCAUGCUUUACAUAUUGUUAAUGAAUAUUGAAAGAUUUAGGAAAUGUAAUUUGUUUUAAAAUUCAGUGGACAGCAUGUUUCCCAAUCUUAACCCACGAGUUUUCUCGGCACAUUCCAAAAUUAAUAUUAUAAAUGCGAAUCACAAGUUGGAUAAAGAAAGGGGAAUAACUCUCGUCAACAAGUUUUACUACAACGGAUAUGAAACGAACAAAAUUAAAUAAGAAUUUGUGUUUACAAUCAUGUUUGACUAAAAUCUUGGCCACGGAUUGUAAAUAACCUUAGCUACGCCACUGCUCCGUACUGUGUAGUAAAAUUAUUUGAGAAAAGCAGUUUAAGGCAUGAGUACACUGCGCACUUGCCCAUGGUCUCAACCCUUUAUUUUAGGUUAGUCUGAUGCUCGAGGAGGCCUCUACUCUAAUGUAAUGUUCACGUUUCUAGGGGCAUUAUGCUGCCAAUAUUAUUAGAUAAUAUUAAAAUUUUUUGGCAAUUUAUUUUGCUUACAAAUUUAAAGCGGCUAGACUGUUUCUUCAGUUUAUUUAAACAAGUUUUUAGAUUCUUACAGUAUUUUAAUUUUUGGUACUACUAGCAUUAGAAAAAAUUUUCUUUUGAUAAAUUAUAAAUUUGAAGAAAAAAACCCAUUAAUUAUGUUCUUGGUGUGUGGUUGGGGAGGAGUAAAUCAAAGAGUCUUACAAAAUGCAUCUAACGUUCAUUCUUUAGUAAUUAAAAUGAAGAAAGCUAGAAAUUCCAAAUAAACUUUUAAAGAUACUGCUGUACUGUGUGAAAAUUCAUGCUGCCUCAUUUUCCUUCAGAUAAAUAACAUAUAAUAUAAAUAUAUGACUUUUUUGUAGAAUUUACUAUGUUCUGUUUUUAUAACAUUUAGAUACAAGUUAUUUUAGAAAAUGACCCGUUUCAAAUAGCCAUAAAAAUCUAUGGACCUUCGUUCUUUUCUACAAAACAGUAUUUUUCUUUCUUUUUUUUUUUUGUAGUAACUAUAAAUUUUGGCAAAACCAACUUAAGUUUUAAAUCCAAAAUGAUAAUUAUUAUACUAGCAUAUUAAUAGAUUUUGUGUAGUUUUUAAAAAAAUUAACUAUCAACUGUUCUGAACGGAAUUUUUAUAUUCCUUCAUUGAUGAAUUAGUUUAAACAAAUAAAUAGUUUCAAAAUAAAAUUAUGAAACAACAUUACUAUUUAGAUACAAGUAAAAAUAAAAUAAAUUAUAUAACCAAUGUACGGUACAAAUAACACCACAGGCAUCACCACUGAAAUUAAGGUCAUGGAGGUAAGACUAGAGACUGUAGGCCGCUACAAAUACCUAGGAGCAAUAGUCUCAAAAGAAGGCUCCAAGCCCGAACUGAUGUCCAGGGUUGCUCAGACUAUAACAGCACUAAAGAGGCUCAAGAAAAUAUGGAAUGACAAAAAUAUAGCCCCCAGCACCAAAAUCAGUCUGAUGCGCUCAUUAGUCCUCUCCAUUUUCCUGUAUGCCUGCGAAUCCUGGACAUUAACAGAAGAUCUUGAAAGGAAAAUAAAGGCGAUGGAGAUGUGAUGCUUCAGAAGCAUUUGUAGCAUCUGCUAUAGGGACCAUAUCUCCAAUGAUACAGUGAAAGAAAGGAUUCGCCAGGCAAUUGGGGAAUACGAUGACCUACUGGUGACUGUGAAAAAACGCAAACUACAAUGGUACGGCCACGUAACAAGGAAACAAGGGCUUGCCAAAGACAUAUUGCAGGGCAUCACAAGAGGAGGGAGAAGAAGGAAGACAAAGAAAAAGAUGGGAGGAUAACAUCAAAGAGUGGACAGGACUAACACUGGGCGAUGCUGUGCGUAGUGCAGAAGACAGAGACGAGUGGAGGAGGAUAGUUCACAUGUCAUCUGUGGCGCCCCAACAGUCCAAGGACUAAGGGACAUGAUGAUGAUGAUGGUCAAGGGAACCUAUAUUUCAAUUAGCAUCUUUUCUGUAUAUAGCCAGUUAAGUGUAGAAUGAUGCAAACCUAAAUUUAUGUAUGCGUCAAAAUGCUUCCAAUCAUUUUGAAUUUAUCAAAAUUUUCUGGGGAGGGAUUACUCCUCUCCAAACCUUACUACCAUUUUUGUUCAUCACCAUCGCAUUCUUCUCCCUCCUAAAUUAAAGUGACAGUGCCAACAAUUUUAAUUUGUAAAAAGUGCUGGAUGUAUGGCGGUGUUAACAAAGUCAGACCUGGUCCUGAGCAUCAAAUUUAAUAGCUAAUAGAUGCCCUUCCCUCCCUCCCCAUAUGCCUGAAUUAAUAUCCCCACUCACCCAUGGAAAAAUUUCAGGAAAGAAACUGGUCAAAAUGCAUAGGCCAACCUAGACCAUAAUGCCUUUCAUAACAUAACCAAGUAGUGGGCUAUAAAUAACCAUUCCAAGGAAAAGCAGUGCCCACGGCACAUUAGUAAAAUGAUUUAGCCACCCUGUCUGUGUGAAGUACAUGGGAUUUUAUAGUUUAAUUUACUAAUAUUAGUGCCAACGGCGAGUGAUUGAUCCUCGCGCACCCCCCUUAGCUAGGCUCUGAGUAUAUUGAGGGUGAGGGGCCUCAGCACAUUAUUGUGCGCAGGGCCUCUGCUGCUGUAAAGAUGGACCUGCCUAAGACUAUUAAGUCUUUUGAUGCAUUUGUAUUCACAAUCCAUUAUUGCAUUAUAAAUAAUUAUCAUCCACAAUGGAAAAAUAACCUUCUCGAUUUGGCAUUGCAGACUUAUACAGGAUCCAUCUUGAUAUCCGUAAACCCAUAUCAAGAUCUCCCCAUCUACACACCAGAAGAAAUAGUUCGUUACAAGGACAAGAAAAUUGGUGAACUUCCACCCCACAUAUUUGCAAUAGCUGACAAUGCUUAUAGCAACAUGAUAAGAUAUCUCAAAGACCAGUGUAUCAUAAUCAGGUAAAUAACUGUGUUUUAUGUCUACAUAAAGGCCCCUUGAGUCAGCUGUUCACGGGUAGUACAUCAUAUAAGGUUCAUCAUAGAAAAUAUAGAAUUUUCAGCUUUACUAAGAUAGGUUAAAUAUGUCAAAACCUCUAAUCAAAGUGUUUAUUUUGUUUAUAAUUCCAAAAUAAAUUCCAGAAAAAUAAUUCAAAUCUACAGAUUGAAAAACAAUCCAGGAUCAGUUACAUGUUAAAUGAUUAUUUUUUGUUUUUUUAUGUUGAAAAGUCACAGGACCUUAUCAUCAUAUUAAUUCCUUCUUUUAAAAUUAUGAAAAAUUAUUUUCAUCUUAAGUUAAUACUUAAAGAAAAUAUCUAUCAAGUGCCAUUCAAGAUAAAAGAACCUAGCAUGCAAAAUUCUUUAAAGCUAGAAUUUAUUUUUUCAUUUACUUUAUUUCUUUAGUGUAGAAUACAUGUUUAUGAAAUAUUUAGUAUAUGGUAGGUCUUACCAACAUGUAUCAAUUAUCAUGAGGGGAAACAUGUUACAUUUUACAGUGGAGAGUCUGGCUCUGGAAAAUCAGAAUGCACUAAACUCAUUCUCCAGUUUUUGGCAUCAGUGUCUGGGCAGCAUUCUCCCAUAGAGCAGCAAAUCUUGGCAGCUAAUCCCAUUAUUGAAGGUUGGUGAUACUUGGAAUUAGGGCGCAGCUGGUAUCUAGGACGUAGGUGGUAUCUAGGAACUGGCUGGUAUCUAGAAAGUGGCUGAUAUCUAGGACAUAGCUGUUAUCUAGGAUGUAGCUGGUAUCAAGGACAUAGAUGAUAUCUAGAUCAACACCUGUCUUCUUUUGUCUAUACAAGUUAAUCCAUUGCCUAGAACCACUCAGAAGUAAUCUUAACUCCAUGUCAACAGAAAACGUUCAAAUUAAUCAAAUGAUAAAAAAUUAAAUUAGGGGAAAUAAGAGCAAUAACUAAAAAUUAUGAGACAACUCAAAUAUAGAAAAUGGUUAGUUUAUUGCUUUUACCACAACAAAAAAAUUAUUAUAAUUGUGUCAGAUAAAAUUUUUUACAUUUUAUAUUCUGUGUUGCAAAAUUUUAGUAUUUUAAAUAGCUUUCUGUUUACAUUGAUAACAAUGCUAAUUACUGGAGUUGGAAAUCAAGAAGAUUUCAAUAAAUUUUUAAAAUUCAAAUUUGUUAUCAAGUGUUUUACUGACUAUUUUGAUAUACUCUCAAUUUACAAAAAAGCUUUUGGCAAUGCAAAGACCAUUCGUAACAAUAACUCAAGUCGUUUCGGGAAAUACAUAGACAUCCACUUCAACGAGAAGGGUGUGAUAGAGGGGGCAAAGAUAGAACAUUACCUGCUGGAAAAAUCUCGUAUAGUCAGCCAGAGGAAAGGAGAGAGGAACUACCACAUCUUUUAUUGUAUGCUGGCUGGUAUGUCUCCUGAACGGAAGGCUGUAUUAGAAUUGCAGGAUGCUAAAGCAUAUGACUAUCUUGUAAUGGUAUGUUAUUUAUCAUGAGACAGCCAAAAUCUGAAAACCCUUUUGUUCUCAAUAACAUUAAAUGUUUUAAUUUGUCACACAUCCUGUAACUAGAGAGUGUGAUAAAGCGUAAGGAGAUUAAAGAUACAAAUAUAUAUCAAUUUAGGCUUAUAAAAUUAAGGUAAAUUAAAUAAACUCAGAAUUCAUUGUUUUUUUUUGUGUUUAUUUGUUGUUGUUUUUUUUUUUGCAAUAAAUUGAGCUUUAAUUUUUGCAGGGUAAAAGUAUUGAGUGUGAUGGCAGAGAUGAUGAGAAAGAUUUUCAAAAGAUUCAGUCAGCCAUGAAAAUUCUUACUUUUUCUAAUGAAGACAUUUGGGAAAUCCUGAAGAUUUUGACCAUUUUAUUACACUUGGGCAAUGUUAGAUUUAAUGGUGAGUAGUUUUUAAAUUAUAUUUCUGUGAGGAAUUUGAUGAUAAGAAUAAUUAUGCUAAUAAAACAUAGGCUAACAUUUGAUUUUUGCUAAUUAUUAACAUUCCGUCUCUUGCAGAGUUUGAAUUAGAUAAUAUAGAAGCCUCAGAGAUUGAAGAUAUUUCAUCAAUCAACAGAGCAGCAAAGCUUUUAGAGGUAUAUUAUAAAAUGAAAAGUAACCAAAGAUUUUUGGUAAUUUAGAGUAAUCUAGUUUAGUAAAUUCACUUACACUUUAUUUGGCACGGUAUAAUAAAAAUAUAAGAGUCUUAUUUAUGCAUAUUCACAUCUAUUUUAUUAUCAACUCAAUUAAUUUAAACAUUGUUUCACUGGGCUAUAGAUAUUUCAGUCUAAUUAAAAUAUGAUCCUUAUUCUUGGUCUAUAAAUUAUUUAAAAACUGGUGUGCAUGGGUUUAUAAAUAUUUAUAAUCGCACAUUGAUAAAUGUGAUGUAUAUCUCCUAAUAUUUUUGUCACUUACACAACUUUGUGUCAAUGUUACAGAAUAACUAUUUUUAGAGAUAGAAACAAAUCUAUAAAUAUUAUAAGUCUGUAUUACCAUUUAAUAGAAAUAUUUCCAGAAACUCGCAAUAAAAAAAAAAAGUCCAAUUACAGAUGAUGCACAGGGAGAUUAACUUUUGAAAUAAAUAAUUUUUUUUUACUGAAAUCAUAUUUCAAAGUGGUGUGUUUUUCUAGGUAGAGCCUCAAGCAUUGAUUGAUGCACUGACAACAAAAACAAUAAUUGCAAAAGAUGAAAGUGUAACAUACACCAUGAAUAAAGUGCAGGCGAUGGACGUGAGGGAUGCUUUUGUUAAAUGGAUUUAUGGCAGAAUGUUUGUCUGGAUUGUGGAGAAGCUGAACCAGGCUAUUUAUAGACCUCAGCAGCAGCAGCAUCAGAAGUCCAUUAGAGUGUUGGAUAUUUUUAGCUUUGAAAAUUUUGAUAAGAAUAGGUGAGUGAGAAUAUCACAGAGUUUUAGACUUUAACUUAAUUUUUUUUUUAAUUAAUAAGUUAUUUUUUAAUCCAUAUCCAUACAAAGGAUAAUUGGUUAUGGCACAACAGUUUUAUUUUCAGUUCUGUAAGCACAUUAUUUUGUAUUCUGAAAAAAGCAGACAAGUAUUUGAAAAAUAUUUUGACUUAUAAAAAAAAAAAACUUUAACAAAAAUUUGUUGUUCUUUUAAAAGAGAUCCACCUAUGGCUGGUUAAAAUUUAUAAAAUAUAAAUCUAUAUUUGUUUUUUUUUAAGCUUUGAACAGCUGUGUAUCAAUUAUGCUAUCGAGAGCCUGCAGCAGUUCUUUGUGAGUCACAUCUUCAAGCUGGAGCAGGCAGAGUACAACCUGGAGGGCAUCAGCUGGAAGAACAUUGAAUUUGUGGACAACCAAGGUGUCCUUGAUCUCAUAGCAGACAAGCCGAUGAACAUGCUUGCUUUAAUUGACGAGGAGAGCAAGUUCCCCAAGGUCAGGUGGCCACCACUUCAUCAUUGUGUUGGUUAAUAAGAGUUUAUUUUAAGUCACAUGCUAUUGCCUUGAGAAAAUUUUUUCACGUCCAAGUCUUCCAAUUAAGAAUGUUAAUGAAGGACAAUAAACCUUUAGAAUUUCAGAAUUAAAUUGUGUGAGAGGAAAAUUAAUUGGCCACUGAUGAAUAAAUCCUGAUUUUUUAAUGUAUCUUCUAAUGCUAGGGUACGGAUGAAAGCAUGCUAAACAAACUCCAUUUUUAUCACUCCAUCAACCCAAACUAUGUGAAACCAAAGGCUGCUAUCAACCAAACAUUUGGAGUCAAACACUUUGCUGGCCUUGUUGUGUAUGACUGUGAAGGUAUGAGGACAAAUACGUUGACUGUAUGAUUUAAGUUUAAACUCUUUCAAUAGUCUACUCAUUCUAACUUAUCCAUGAUUUCUUUCUAUUCCUUAACUAUAAAUAAAUUUAUUCCAUUGAAAACAUAAUUUAUUUAAUUUUUAAAAAAAAUUAAUUUUCUAAAUAAAUGACUUUCAACUUUAUUUGUCCCAAAUCAACAAUUCCGCUUCAAUAAUUUUUCAAUGUCAGGUUUCCUGGAAAAGAAUAGAGAUACAUUCAGUGCGGAUCUUGUUCAGUUGAUUCAAGCAUCAAAGAGCGAGUUCAUGAACGUUCUGUUCAACACAGACAUCUCAAUGGUCAGUUUCACACAGUUGUAACUCCUGGGUUUAAAAUAUUCUUUCUUAAACUGUUAAAUGAAAAAUUAUCAUGAGAUUUUUAAGGUAUUGGUUUUUCUAACAAUCACAGCUUAUCAAUGAUUCAACGAUUUCAUUGUUUCAGGUCAUGAACCGAUUAAAACAAUUCUGGGCCUUAAAGAUAAUCAUAUUUUUUUUUCAAUUUAUUAAUUUUAAAAAAUCAUAAUUUAUAUGAUCAUUUAUCAAUUCCCUGGAAGCAACACUGAAAACAUUAUUUAUUACUCGUACUUUAAAAUCAUUGUAUAACGUCAUCUAAUAUUAAACUAUUUUUUGUUCUGCUAAUUAGGACACUGAGUCAAGAAAGAAAACUUUAACUCUUGCCAGUCAGUUUAAGAAGUCACUGGAGCUGUUGAUGGCCACAUUGAAUUCAUGUCAGCCUUUCUUUGUUAGAUGUAUCAAGCCCAAUGAGCUGAAGAAAGCAAUGGUAUUUGUAUAUUUUGCUGAGUGUCUCUGAUGACAAAAAAAAAUUGUUCUUAACCCCCAAAGAGUUGACGUGAAUACCAUGCCGUUUAUCAAGUUCUUCAUCUUUAUUUGUAUUUACCAUCACAGCAUGACAUAUCUUUUUUUCAUGUUGGUAGUGUUAAGAAUAAAAUCACAAUUUGACUGGCUAAACUAAAUUCAAUUAUAUCAUCACAUUUGAUUUGAUAUUUAAAAUUGUUUGCACUUUUCAGUAAUAUUUUCUCUCAAGUAUAAUACAAAUUCAUGACAUAAUUUUUCUUAUGGCCUUCUAUUGGUACAUAGUCUAUUCGCAAAUUUUUUCCAUCUAUCCAGAAAUUUGACUUUUCCAUUUUUUUAAAUUCCUACAUUACUAAAUUUAUUGAAGUAGAUAAAAGCUUUGGAUAGGAAAAAUAAUUUUUAAAUAUCACAAUGUCAAGUAGCAAUUCUGAUUUUCUCUGUUCUGAGCCUUUCUUUCCAGCUAGUUCCACUGCUUCCCAUUACCUCCACUCUGUUUGAUAAGAUCCCCUAUGUAUGUCUCAUUAAGUCUUCCUUAGUGAUCUGGGUUUGUUUACCUGUGUCCCAGGUAGUGUGAACAUUCCAGGUGCAAAUAGUGGUGUUACUCCUCAAUAUAAAGGACAUGCUGUCAAAGAGUAAAAAAAUAAUUUGAUAUUAUUACCCUGGGCACCGUCAUCUCUGUAGACUUUUUUUCCAGCUAUUUGACAGAGAGCUUUGCUGCAAGCAGCUGCGGUAUUCUGGUAUGAUGGAGACCAUAAGGAUACGACGGGCUGGAUAUCCUAUUAGACACCGGUUUUCUGAGUUUGUUUCAAGGUACAGAACUUUGGUGAAAGGGCUGGGGCCAACCCCUAAAGAGGACAGCAAAGCAGCAGUUUCCAAGAUCUGUGCAGCUUUGUUAGACAGCGCUGACUUUAAACUUGGGAGAACUAAAGUUUUUCUUAAGGUUUGAUAUUGUUAAAUUUUAGGGUUAUGCUAUGUAAGUCUGAGUGCAGCAAUGGCACCAGACAAAAAUUCACUGAAGAGAUGGAAAGGGAGUGUGGAGAGAAUUUUUUUUUAAAUUGACUAUUACACUUUGUUAAAGAUUUAUUCAAAAACAAAAUUUAUGUUUGGUUAUCGGCCUGCAGUAUGUGUUAUCCAUAAAAUUGCAAGGGAUUUUUUUUUUGUCUGGACUUCAUUAUUGGUAUAAUGAUCUAACAAAUACAAUUAUUUUAACUUUCAGUAUUGUUUUGUUGCAUUUACUCAAAAUAAAGAUUUUUUUUAAAAAGUUAAAUAUUUUAGCUUGUUAGAAUUGCCUUGACAACAUUAUUUUUAAAAACUUAGGUUGCCCAGGAUGCUUUUCUAGAGCAACAAAGGGAGAAAAUCCUGGCAGGCAGAAAUGAACUUAUACAGAAGUUUGUCGUGACCUGGUUCUAUAGAAAACGUUUUAUAAAGGUAUUGUGUUUUAAUUAAUAGUAAAGUGGCUGACGCAGUUAUACCCCCUCCAUGCUGUGAAAUUAUUUAUUAUUAGCUAGUGCAAUACUAUGGUUUCAUAAUUAAUCUUUCUAACAAUAAGCUUUUAUUGUGAAAUUGGUUUAUCUCUGUUUAUAACAAAUGUUCAUUUUAAAUGCAUGGAGUUUAAUCGAAACAAUCUAAAUUAUUAUUUAUUUUUUUCAAUGGAAAUGGUAAAAUUCAAAUUUGUUUUUUCUCUUUUGCCAACAGAUGAGAAAAGGGUUCACACGUCUUCAGGCUGUCUUCAGAUGUAGAAAAUUGGCUGCCAGAUUUCAACUCACCUUCAAAUGGAUAACACAACUGCAGGUCAGAUUAAUUGUUUUAAAAUGACAUUAUUUCUGUAAUGGAAUAAUGUAUUUUUAUAUUUUUGUAAAUGCUUCCCAUGUUUACAAAAUAUCUUUGUGGGGUGAAGCCUUGAGUUGGUUAAGGAAGGGGUGGGGGGGGGCAUUCCAAAAACAAGCUAUCAAGAAUUUUAAAAUAUAAUUUAAAAUAAAACUUUUUUUAUUAGGUAUUCCGAAGUCUGAGAUAGAAAUAAGAUGCACAAUUUUUAAAAAAAAAUGAAAAUUAACUUUUAAAUUUAUUGUAUUAUAAUUACUGAGUUUUAUAAUAUCACAUUUGGUUUCAUUGUAUCUAUAAAACCAGUCAUUGUUUAUGAAGACAUUUGUAAAAAAAAAUCAUUGUUUCCCAGUAGCCCUAGUUUUCAAUUAUUAUGUUGUUAAUGUUGAAAAUUAUAUGAAUCACGCACAUGUCAAAAAACUAACUUUAUCAAAACUAAGUCUAAAUUUUCUGCACAAUUCAUGUGUCAGACCAGCUAUAUAGUUGUGGGCUAAUUUUAAAUUAUCCUGGGGGGAAAUUACAGUUUCAAAUUUAAAUGUAGUUUAUUAUUUAAUACCAAACUCCUUUUAUAAGCCCUAUGCCUAUAUCUAUUUCAGGUUAUGUCUGUUGUUAAUGACUGUUUGAGAUAAUUUUAUAUUCGUAUUAUAUAUUUAAUGUUUAUCCCCAUCCAGAGCUGUUGCCGGGGUUACUUGCUGAGACAAUGGAUUAAAAAAAGAAGAUUAGCCAUUGAACAGAUUCAGGCAUUUGUCAGGACAAUAGUUGCCAUGAAGAUGUUAAAAAUUCAAGACUUAACAAAGGUGAGUUAAUUAGAAGAAUAGUUUGUUUGAAACAUGACGACCAUUUUUUAACUUUAAUUUCUGAGACUUAUGUUAAUUUCAUAAUUUGAAAAAUUAAUUCAAGUUACUUUGCAUUAUCAUAAUGAAGAAAAAUUAAAUUAAUUUGUUAAAUUUUGUAUUUUUAAAUUAAAUUUCUUUUAUUUUGUUACCAUUUGUUGGUGGAUUGCUUUUUGUCUUUCUUUUUCAUAUUUUAACCUGGAUUAGUAUUACAUCCAUAUUUUUUUUUGGGUAUGGCAACGAUCUUUAAAAUAAUUGAUUUCAGAAACACAUUGAACCUCACUCAUCAGAAACUCAUGAAGAUAAGAAAAACUCAAGUCCAAUAACCCAGAAAUCAGCACCUGCCCCUAGCCAUGUUGAGGAUGGUGUCAGUAAUGCUGAAGUCCAAAAGGUUAGCUCUUAGACGCAAGGGUAGAUGUUUUUUUUUUCAGGCACUUGAUUCCCCCCCCCCCACCCCCAUGCACCGAGAAAUGAUGGCUUGCCCCAUGUUGUUUCUGAAGCAGAUGGUUGCAUUACUAAUUUCUCUAAGUAGAAAACUGAAUUAUGUUUUGAUUGAUUUUGUUGAAAAUAUUUUAACAAUUUUUGUUAAAAUGUCUAUGAACUCUGUACAGACUAGGAAGACUAUGAGCCUAGAAAUAACGCUAACCAAUGGAAGCACAGAAACAAUGGCAGUCAAUGCAGAUACAACAGCCAAAACUCUCUGUCAGCAGCUGUCAGAGAAAAUCAAUCUCAAAGACCAGUUUGGCUUCUCUUUAUAUAUAUCUUUACAAGACUCCGUAAGUAAUUGAAUACCAUAAAGUAAAAAGAUGCUAUUUUUACAUCUGAGAUACAUUAGUCUAAGAUCCUAAACACUUAAAUGUGUAGCCCCAUUCUUGAAGCAGAGCAGAAGUGGGAGGAACAAUGCUUCUUAGCAGAGUUUUAAAAUGUAGAUCUAUAAGAACCAGUGGCGUAGCUCGGGUUGUGUCACCCGGUGAGGUCCGCACCCCCUAGCUAUGCCACUGACAUGAACCAUUGUUUGUAAAACAAGAUUAAAAUUUAACCAAAAUAAAAAUAUAAAAAAUGUUAAACCCUUAUGAUUAAAGAUGUUAUCACGAAGAUUUUAAUGAUCCUGGGGAAUAGUGUGUGUUGCAACAGAAUAAUUUCAUGUUUACAGAUGACAAAGGUAGAAAGUGACAGCAUUGUUUUGGAGGCCAUCUCUAAUUAUGAGGGUUUAUCCAAAGGACAAGACGUACAGGACCAGGAGACACCGUGGAGAUUGUUCUUUAGAAAGGAGAUUUUUACGCCUUGGAGUGAACCAUCAGAUGAUUCCAUCGCAACCAAUUUGAUAUACCAUCAGGUAAAACUUGAAAGAUAAAAAAAAUAAUCGGAGGAUUGAAUAUUACUCUAAUGCGGUGGUCCCCGACCUUUUAGAUGUUUUUCUGGUGAAUUUUGUUGGCGCAUUGCUUGUAUUGGUCAUUUUUUCCCUUGUUUAUAAAAAGUUAAUUAAAGAAAUAAAAUUACGAUAACAAUUAUUUCAUUAUUUGUAAUUUUAUUACAAUAUAAUUUAUACGGUUGGGGGGAUGUUUAAAACAGAGUGGGCCUGCAGCGCUGCUAAAAAAGGUUAAGAAUCCCUACCCUAGAGCAUUUACUAAGAUAUCUCUCCCAUCAAAAAACAUUUUUCGUUCCAUCCAACUUCACGUGGUAGUCCUAAAUCCUAAUUCUAUGACUCCAGUGUCUUUAUUUAGCCUUAAAUUCUCACGACUGUCAUUGUAACUACAUCCCACUUCUCCUCCUCCUUGGCAUCCUGUAACUUGAUCAGAGGUCAUUUUUCGAACCGCACAUACCGGUACUGAUUCUCUCAGUGACCGUAGUUUAAAAAUAAAAUUAAUUGUAUAAAACAUUAAUGUUUAAAAUGUCUGUAAUUUAGGGUUAUAAAGUGCAAUUUUUUUACUACACUAUUCCGCUUUUCAUGUGACGUCACAUUGCUUAACCUCCCCCCCUCAUCCCCCCUAGACACGUGAAGUCAUUUAUGGAUGGCCCUUAAGAGCCUUCCUCAGGAGUCAGGACAAAUGAAGAAACAAAUUGCAGGAAAUGUCCUUUUUUUAUUUUCCUGUCUUUCUAUUUCAAGCUUCCAGAUACCUUGUUACCUUGUUCUGCUAUAAACAUGAGACACAGACAGUUUGUGUAAAUAAAAAAAAAAGAUAUAUUAAACUUUAAUUGUGAUUACACAAUAUCAAAAUUUAAACUUUGUGGCAAAUGCCUUUAUCCAUUCAACGAAAAACACUAAUCUAAUUAUAAAUUAUAUGUACAUAAUAUAUAAAUAUAUCUCCUACCUAUACCUAAAAAUGAAAAAUUUUCUGGGGGGGGGGGGGGGGGCCACGGACCCUCUUAGGUCUGCCCUAUGUCUUACAAGUUAAUGCUGUUAAGGGGUUUCUUGGAGCAGCCACAGAGCCCCUCAGAAGUGAAUGCGGAAUACAGGCUGGGAUUAGUUACACAAUCAAUAUUAAUGAAUCGGGAAAUGUAAUUCCUUGUAAGUUAUUGCAAUGGAUAAGAGUGCAAAUGAGAGACACAAGUCAUUUUGGCUCAUUUAUUUUAUUUGAGAAAUAUUUUUCUGACAUUUUUUUUUGUUUUGAACUAUAUUUUAAAUAUUUUCAAACCAUUUAGCAAAAGAAGGAGAUUAAUAAAAACUUGAUGAUGCUUAUUAAAUUGUUAACAUAUUAAUUGUUGACAUGACAUUUGGACAUGACGUGAUGGCGAUAGCAUCUUAAGCGGAGCCUUCUUGUUUGAAUAAAUUAUUGUAUGGUCAAUGAAUGACAGAAUUAAGCUUCCAGGCUAUUUGUCCCUCUCCCCCUCUUUUUCAAAUUAGUCCACCAUGAUCAAACUCUUUAUGUGUAGACUUGAACAGAAAAGGUUUCAACCAACAACAGAGCUAUGUGUUUUAGAUAAGAUAAGAUAAUGUACUGUAAUAUUCUUUCAUUGAUCCAAACAAAUGGAAAUGUUUAUUUGAUUGCAUUGUACAUUUUCAGCACAUAAAUAGAACAAUUUGAACACAAGACAUCUAUAUUAAAUUAUUUCACUAGUGGAAAAAAACAGCCAUUCAGUGAAUUCUCUUAGCCAUUAAUAUCAGGGACUUAUUAGUUCUCAUUAAGAUUUGUGACUUCAGAGGGAGCAUGCUAUUAUUUCAUCAAAACUAUUUGCUUAGUGUCAGUAUGGUAGGCACUACAAUCCACCGGAUAGUAAGGGUUUAGUUUACAAUAAUUGACAAUUUAUUUUAUUUUCACAUUUUACUGUUUUAAACCUGAAAAAAAAAAAUCUUCAAGACUGACUAAAAAAAAUUUGAAACAUGAUGUUCAAAAUCUAUUACCCUAUAUUGAUAGUUGAGUUGAAAAAUUAUUUGUAUGUUUUUGAAAACUUUUUAUCUGUUCAUCUGCAGCUAGAAUAUUAUUUUAAAUACAAUUGAAUUGAACUGAAACUAAAAUACACCAACAAUGUUAUUUAUUACAUACAUUCAAUCCACUCUCCAGAUUGUCAGUGGUAUCCAAAAAGAUGAAUACAGCUUGGAUAAGGUACAGAUGUUGUUUUUUUUUAAAAUUUCUUCACAUAUACAACGCCCAUCAUUCUCUUUUCUUAGUUGUCUUGUGAUGCUUGUCUUUUUCAUUUAGGUUAAUUUCUGGAUUAUAUUGAUGAGCUUCUUUUAGUCUAACAAUUUAAAUUGCGUUACUUUUGUUGCUUUAUUUGUUUCUGACCACUAGUAAUUAGAACUUUUGGAAAUAUAAAUGAAAUUUUUUUUCCUAUUUCCAUAAUUAUUCCCAAAUGAUUUUUUAAAAGAUAAGAUAAGAUAAGAUUCUGUUAUUGUUCCAAACAAAAGGAAAUGUUUUUUGGUUACAUUGUACAUAUACAUUUUCAUCAUGUAAAUAAAUACAUAUUUCAAUAAAGUCCACAUUUUCCAACUAAAACAAUUUAAACACAAGACAUCUGCAUUAAAUUAAACAGUCUUUCAGUGAACUCCCUUAAUCAUAACAGGGACUUAAUUCGUUCUCAUUUGGUUUUGUGACUUCUGGCUAUUUCUGAAUACUAAUGUUAUUCUUUUUUUGCUUAUUUCAGGAUGAUGACAUGGCCAUGAUUGCGGCCCAGCAGUACUUCAUUGAAUAUGAACAUAAUUUUGAUGCUAAGCUCCUUGAGUCUUUGCUACCUUCUUAUAUCAAUGAGUCUUAUUUGUUAAAAGACAACAUAUCUACAGAAUGGGUGGCAAGCAUUUUAACCAAGCUUAAAGGACCUUACUUUCAUAGUCCAAAGAUUAAUCCACUCAAGGUAUUAAUCCACUUACUUUCAUAGUCCAAAGAUUAAUCCACUCUAGGUAUUAAUCCACUUACUUUCAUAAUCCAAAGAUUAAUACACUAAAGCUAUUAAUCCACUUGCUUUCAUAAUCUAAAGAUUAAUCCACUCAAGGUAUUAAUCCACCCACUAUCAUAGACAAAAGAUUAAUCCACUUCACUAACAGAUUUUAGAAGUUUAUUAGAAAGGGUAACUGAAAUUUUUUAGACUGAGUUAAUCCAUCAAAAGAUAGGGGGGGUGGGGGGGGGGUUAAUCUUUAAAUUAGCUCCAUCAACUUUGAACUUAACAUCAAAAAUACUAUUAAGAAAAACAAAACAAAAACAACUAUAUUUAAAUUUUAAUCAAUGAAUUUUUAAAGAAUGCACAUUUCAAUUUCAGAAUUAUUUUACUUGUUUGCUCCACUUUAAAACAAUUAGAGAAUGACAUUAUAUCACCAUUUGAGAUUUGCAUCAUUCACCUACAUAGCUCCCAUGAAAACAUUUUGUAUUAAUUUAUAGCAGUGGUUCUCAAUGGUUGUUUUUCCGUGACUCCUAAAUGUGCUUGGUGUGCUGUGAAACUUCAGAGACUUUGUUAUAUUGCUGUUGAAAGUAAUUAAAGUAACUUCACUCAAUAUUUAAAAAGAAAAUAAUAAGAGAAUGAUAAUCAAGAACUUGAACUUGUUUUAAGUUAUGACUUCAAGCCUAGAAACCGAGGCUCUCGCAUUGUUGCCAGUUCACAUGUUAGUGUGCCCCAUGGUCUCACUACAUAGGAUAUUGUGCCAUAAACAAAGUAAUUUGAGAACCACUGAUAUAUAGUUUUAACAUUAAAAAUCAAAAUUACUAGCUAUAGUUAUCUUUGUUAAAAAAAAAUUAUUUUUUUUUUCUUUGUUUAUCUGCAGAUAAAAGAAGACAUAGUGACCUACUCCAAGUUUAAAUGGCCGCUCUUGUUUUCUCAAAUGUUCGAGGUGGAUAAAUUGUCUGGACCAAAUCUACCCAAAGAUGAUGCUGUCAUAGCUGUCAACUGGACGGGUGUGUAUGUGGUAGACGAUUUGGAACAGGUUCUUUUAGAGUUGUCUUUCCCUGAAAUCUCAAAUAUAUCACAUGUAAGGUAGGUUACCAAUAAAAGUAUUGACAAGAAAAUUAAUUAAAACGCUGUUGUGUCUCAGCAUGCUAGAGCAGACAUAUUCAAAAUUUUCUGCAAUGUUUGUCCUUAUGCAAUAUGUGAUCUUUUAUCAAGUAAUUUAAUAAUCAAUCUUUUAUCUGUUGUUUAUAUAUGAUAAACAUUAAAUGAGAACAACACCAGUAAUUCUAUAUUAAUGCCUUUUAAAGUUUGAUCCAUUUAAAAGAAAUUUUAAUAAUGAGAUUGGCUGAAUUUUCUUGUUUUUCAUAUAUAACAUUAAUUUUACUUUCACUGAUUUAACUAGGACAACUUGCCAGUAAUUCCAUAUUAAUGUCUUUUAAAGCUUGAUCCAUUUAAAGGAAACAAUUUUAAUAAUAAGAUUGGCUGAAUUUUCUCAUGUUUCAUAAAUAACAUUAAAGUUACUUUCACCGAUUUAACUAGGACAACCUGCCAGUAAUUCCAUAUUUAUGUCUUUUAAAGCUUGAUCCAUUUAAAGGAAACGAUUUUAAUAAUAAUAAGAUUGGCUGAAUUUUCUCAUGUUUCAUAUAUAACAUUAAUGUUACUUUCACUGAUUUAACUAGGACAACUGACACAGAAGCAGGACAUAACCAAAUACUCACCAUAACAACCAUCAAAGGAGAUAAAUACAUAAUUACUUCCAACAAAGCUGAAGAGCUAAGGAGCCUGGUGACAAACUUCCUGGAGGGACUCAAACAAAGAUCCAACUAUGCAGUAGCUGUUCGAAACUUGAGCUCUGAUUCAUCUGGUAUUUAAAAUGUUGCCAGUUCAUUUGUAUUGGGGGUAAAUUCAUUCAAAAUAUGGAUUAAAUUUAAAGUUUCCUUUUAAGUGAGUCGUUAAAUAGAUGCUUUACCAAGAAUGCUGUGAAAUCUCUUUAGAAAUUAAGCUACCCAGAAUUAAAGUACAAAUUUGUAAUGUGAUGCAGUAGCCAUUUUUUUUUUAACGUAAAUAAUCUGAUUUAGCCUACAAAAUAAUUUCAUAAUUAUAAAAGUCUUGUGAAAAAAUAAAUUAUUACUUGAUAAUUUAUUUUUACCAAUACCAUUGAUUGCCUACGAUACGAUACUGUUAUUAUGAACUUUUCCAGCAAGUUAUUCUCUACUUUCACUAAAAUUUUAGGAGUAUGGACAUUGUUUUUAAAGUUUUAGUUUUAAAAUAAUAGAUUAAGAUCUCCCUCUAAAAUGAAAAACUCAUAUAAUAAGUUUGUCAAAUCUUCUUCUCUUGGAAAUAAUAAUAAUUAAAGUUCAACUAAUCAACAAGUGAAGUAAAAAUGCAUGAGGAUAGCUAGACUAUUCAAAUAUUUUUUGCUACAUUUUUUGUUGUUGGAAAAGUGUCUAGCUUUUAAUUUUUCAGAAAACUCAUCACAGCUAAUCAUCAAAAAGGGAGAUCUCAUAAUUCUAGAGAAGGCAAAGAAUGGAAAUGGUUUAUAUUUUGGUAGCAAUGUUAACAGCAACAAAAAAGGAUUCUUCCCACCAAAGAGUGUGCACAUCAUUCCCACAGUAACUAAGCCUCCUAUAGAGAUAUUGGUGAGUCAUUUAGCAGUCUAAAAACAAUAGAUCAUAUCUGUUAACAUUUUUAUUUACCAUAGCUUAGCAACAUGUGGUGGGGGAAAAAAUAUUUCUGACUUUAGUGCAAAGUUUUUUUUUUACAGAUUUAAUAACUUGGCAAUAUGAAUCGGUCUUUGCAACUUUAAGUCUUUAAAACUGCACAUGUCUGUGUGCAUGAAUAACUGUUUGCAAUCUACAUACAUCUCUCAGUUCUUAGUUUUUGAAACAAUGCUUUUAUUUUUUAUGUAACAAAAUUUUAAGCAUAGAAAUGUGUGAACAUUGAGUUUACUUUUGACAUCCUUAAAUUACCCUGUCCUAAAUUUAAUGUCAAACGGACAAAUUCUACUAUUCGUGUCAUUCUAAUAUUUUACCUUUUCAAUUUUAGAACAUUCUUACUCAGUGGGCAAGGCAUCAAAAAGACAAUGAGAAACCAAAGGAAAACAUUGCAGUUUUACACAAUUUAGAACAGUUUUCAAAGGAUUUCUUCAGGUAAAAGUCUAAAAAACAACAAUUUUAAUUUUUAUCCCACAGACUUUUAUCAGUUUAUUUGAAUCUGUAAAGUCUGUCAUCAAUUUAUCAAGUUUAAAUUCCCAAAAUUAUGAAUCGGCUUAAAUGUCAGAACAUUUUUGUCUUAGGUGUGCAAUGCAUGUGUUGACAAAAAUCAUCUUAAACUUUAUAAAGUUUUUUUCUUGAAUUUGUUUGACAUUCUCGCUUUUAAAAGGUGUUGUGAAUACUAAAAAUGCACUCUAAUACACUGCAUUACGUUGUAAAUAAAAUUGACUGCUAAUGGAUCAUUCUUUAUUUUAUUUUUAUUUCAUUUGAUUCGGUCAAGGUCUCCAAAGGAUAGUAAAAAUAAAAAACACAGUAAAGACUUGUGGCGGCACUCCAAGGAUCCUAUAAAACACCCACUACUCAUGGAAUUGAAGGGACAAGAAGAGUUGAGCGCACAAGCUUGUAACUGUUAUGUUGAUAUCCUUUUUUUUGUGCGUUAGCAAUAAGAAAGAUAUCUGUAAUUUUAAAAUCAAUGUUCUAUAUUGAACACAUUGAAAAAAAAAAAAGAUAUAGCUGGCGAUCCUUAAUAGAUUCCAAGUAUAAUGAAAUACAUGGGCGAUUAUCCUAGCAAGAAGACAAGGCUUUCCAGUGUAUUUUUUACUGAUCAGAUCUUCACCAGUCCCUUAAGUAACGUAUGUAUGUUAUAAAAAAAAACUUUUUGUGGAAAACAAAUACAAAUAUUUUUGCAUUUGUUUAUUUUAUUAGGGGCCAUCAAUGUAUUAUGUAUGCAAAAUAAGUCAAAUGUUACUUCCCUUGUAGCACACAUAAUUUUUUGGACCACCCCCUUAUGUGUACCUACAAUGAGCAUUCAUACCCCACCCCUCUCCCUACAAAAAAAAAAGUAUUUAGAAAAAAAUAAUGAAAACACUAUAAGAAGUUAAGUACCGUAACAAAUGUUUCCUAACUUGUGGUGUAUCUCCCACUUGAAGGCUAGUUGAAGAUUUUAGUGGGACUUCUGUCUCUGGGAUUUAGGAAAUGUAUUUAAAUUUAUAAAAGGGAAAAGUGGGGCCGGGGUGUGAAGUAAUGUUAAACAUGAAUUUUUCUUGCAAUAAAAAUAUAUUUCACUUAUUGAAAUAGGAUAGGAGAGACAGUUAUAGGAUAGGAGAGACAGUUAUAGGAUAGGAGAGACAGUUAUAGGAUAGGAGAGACAGUUAUAGGAUAGGAGAGACAGUUAUAGGAUAGGAGAGACAGUUGAGAAAUGCUGACAUAAAAUGUGUUUUAAAUUUUGUAGCGGGUUUUAUCCCUUUUUGGGUUCCAAAAUUAUGUGACACAAUUUAUGUCAGCCACAGGUCAUUGGUGAAAUCAUAAUGCAACAGUAAAAUGAUAGUUAGGAAACAUUGCAGUGAGAUAUUUUGUAGCCAUUUUGAAAAUAAUUAGAAAUCAUGGAUUUCACACUUUGGGUAGGUGAGUGUUGGAUUUAUUAGAGUUGUUAGAGACUGUCCAGUUUUCAGGAUAAUUAUUAUAGAAUUUAUGCAUAAAUGUAAUUGCCUUCUGCUGGGGCCCCCCCCCCCCCCUUUUUUUUUUCAGUGUGUACAUAAUAUAUGGAUGGCCUCUUAUUUGUUAAUUCAGUGUUUCAAAAUAUUGUCUAGGGAGUGUUCAUUGUAUAGUUACUGGUAAAUACAUUCAAACUUAUCACUAGAAGGAAUCAACAUUAUUUUCUGUUCACAUUUUCAGUUUAAUCUAAGAAGAGACAGUUUUCAAGAAACUCUACAAUUAUUAUAAAUUAGUCAUUUUAAAACAUUUAAUUUAGGUAACUGUAAGUCAAAUGAACAGUUAAAUUUUUUUUUACAAUUUGAAAAUUGUUACUUUUGCAGAUUUUAUAAAAAUAUUUUCCUUUCAGUCUGUUUGAUGAUUUAAAAUAUUUUAAAAGAAAAUUAAUAUGCACUGCUCAUGUAAGAAGUGUGGUUCAAUUUAUGAUUAACUAGGAAACUUUGAGAGAUGAGGUCUACUGUCAGAUCAUGAGACAACUCACAGACAACAAAAACAGGUCAUUCUAAAUUCAUAAUAAUAGUAAUAAAUUAUUUGAUUAAAUCUUAACAUUUCUCUCUUUUAAAACUUGAUUCACAUUCUAACAUCAUCAUUUUAAAAUAGUUUUUUUAAAAACACUUAUUAUGAAAUAAAUACAACUUUUUAAUAAUUAAAUGAUAUCUUAAAAUAUAAACUGCAUUUCAUCAGCACAGGAAAAAUUAAGUGAUAAUCUUUUCAAUAUCAAAAUUUUUAUUUAUAUUUUUAAUUUCUGCAUCUGUUCACAUCUAUCUCGAAAUAAUUUAAGAAAUUUCUAAACCCAAAAUUUAUAACCAGCAUAUAAUUUUUUGUUAGUGUGAGUGAGGAGCGAGGCUGGGAGCUGAUGUGGCUGGCUACAGGAUGUUUUUCUCCUAAUGAUGAUUUAUUGAAAGAGCUCAUUUCAUUUCUCUUGACAAGAGUGCACAUUUCUUUGGCUGCUGACAGUCUGAACAGACUACAAAAAUGCAUCAAGUAAAUUCUCUUUUAAAGUAUCUUGUCCAAUGAUAAAAUUAAAUGCUUGCUGCACAAUAAUUCCACUGCAAUUUUGGUUUAUUUUGAUUGUCCAUAAUUAUAUUCAAGAUGGAUUAAACUCUAAUGAUGAAAACAAGAACAGAAAAAUACUAAAAUACACUCUCAUUUAGAAAAAAAAAUUUGAAUCGUGCGGGUGGUGGACCUAGGUUUAUUAGCAAUGUGCAACAUAUUUUUAAUGAAUGCAUUAACAGCUGAUUAACAUUUAAGAGAUGGUUUCAUGAAGCGAUAUCCCAUCAUUCCAUAUCAAUGAUUUCUAAUGAAUUGAUUCUUUCAUCAAGUAAAGGCAGGCGGCAGUUUCCACCACACCUCAUGGAAGUUGAAGCUGUACAACAGAAAACGUUCCAGAUUUUUCAAAAAUUUCAUUUCCCAGAUGGCACUGAUGUGGUAAGAGAAUCUGUUUUCAUUUAUUGUCUGUCAUUAAAAUUGCUUGAUUGCAGCAGAUUAUUUCUAAAAUGUCUAGAACAGUGGUUCUAAAUAGUUUAUAAACCAGUGGCUUUCCUCCUUGCCUCUGCAAUUUUUUUUUUUUUAAUGUUUGGAACUCCGACAGGACUUUCUUUGAAAUCCUAUGAUUGAAAACAAUAUCCUAGAUGUCAAGGAAAAUAAUCUUGAAUUAACACUAAACCAAACAUGGUAUUGGAAUAAAUUUUAGGAAAUAAUACUCUUUUUAACUUUUUUUUGUUGUUGUUGAUGUAGAGGCCUACACCAGUGGUCAGCAAAGGCAUUAGUCAAAAGAGCCAAAAAUCAGCAGCAGGACAGUUAACAUUUUUUGAGAGGCAAAUUUCUUUUCAAGGAGUUUACAAGAAACAUGCUUUUCGGAGUCAAAACUGAUUUGUGGCCCGCUGGCCGAGACGCACUCAUGCUAAAGAGCGGCAUGUGGCUCAUGAGCCACGAUGUGAGCCACGAUUUGCCGACCACUGGCCUACACCAUUCAAUCAAUGUACUUUCUUUCCAUUCAACUGUAUUACUCUUUAUACUUUUUUUCCAAGCCAAUGAUACUCUCAUUAACCUCAUCUAUUUCUUAUGGACUUGUCAUUUCUCUGCAGAGCUUGGAGGUAGACUCUAGCACCGGUGCCAGAGAACUGUGUCAUCUAAUUGCCAAAAAGCUAGGAUUGAAGUCAGCUGAAGGAUUCAGUCUCUUUCUACAGAUUGGUGAAAAAAGUAAGUAACAUGCUGAUUUAUGUUUUCCAUUUCUUUAUUCAUGCCAACUGGACCUUUAGAAAACAUAGAUAUAUGUAUAAUGGCAGAUUCUUAUUAAGAAAAUUAGAUAAGAUUCUUUUGAUGGAUCCAUAUAAAUGGAAAUGUUUAUUGAUUAUGUGGUACAUAUUCCUUUUCUGCACAUAAAUAAAUACAUAUUUUAACCAAGAUAAUAUUUUACAAUUCCAAUAAUUUAAACACAAGACAUCUAAAGUAUUUCUCUAGCGUAAAAAUCAGACACUAAUGAGCUCCCUUAGUGACUAUAAUGACUUAAUUAGUGAUCAUUAAGAUUUGGUAAUUGCUGGGGGAUCACGCUGGUAAAAUUCGUAAAGAUCGGGGAGCAAUAGAAUUUUUAUAUCUUUCAGCUCAUAACUUUAAGAGAAAUAAUUCACUCUGAUCGAGCUGAUCUUAGUUAUCUGUGAUGAAGAGGGUGUGAUGUAUUAUCCUAAAGUUCUUGAGUUUUACAACAGUAUUUUACUUCAAAUGGUGCAACACGUGAAGGAUGUUUAGUUUGUGUGAUGUUGCCAGCUUUUUUGGAUAUCCUGUUUGAUGAGGCAAAACAAAACUGCCAGGCAUCACCAGGCUUGUCAAAAUAAAUUAAAAUGUAUGGACAUGGACAUAAAUCAUCUCAACAUUUAUGGACAAACUAAAAUCUAAUAGCUAUGAUCCUAUCAAUUAUUUCCCAUACAGGGGUCAGCAUACCAGAGGGACAUUUUUUCUUUGAUUUUCUACGACAAAUGACAUCAGAAUCCAGUUAUAAGACCAAAUCACAUAAAAAGGGUUUGUGCUUAUAGUUAAACAUUGUUUUCAGAUACUAAUUAAAAACAUAAAUUGCAUUUACUAGUUAUUGAUUGAUUUUAUUAUUUCCUUUCUCAUAAUUUUUUUUAAAGUGCAAACUAUUGUUGGGUAAUGAAAAAUAUCUUAACCUGCAGACUAUUGUUGGGUAAUACAAAAAUAUCUUAACCUGCAGACUAUUGUUGGGUAAUAAAAAAUAUCUUAACCUGCAGACUAUUGUUGGGUAAUAAAAAAUAUCUUAACCUGCAGACUAUUGUUGGGUAAUAAAAAGUAUCUUAACCUGCCGACUAUUGUUGGGUAAUAAAAAUAUCUUAACUGUUUUAACAAUGAUUUGCUGAUAAAUUUAUUUUGAAUUGGUUCAUUUCAUCAGGUCUCUUACCCUAUGUCCUUUUCUUUAUGAAAAAAUUGUGGUUGGAGACCGUACCAGGAGAAGAUUUACAAGCUGAUGUCAUUUUCUAUUACAAUCAGGUCAUUUUAAACUCUUAAGUAUUCAAGUGUUUAAAUUGUUACUUAUAAUUUGUCUGUACAAAAACACAUCAUAUAAGGAUUUAUUGAUUGCAAAAAUUAUAUUAUGCUAUGAAAUGGAACAGUGAAAAGUUAUACUUCUUUUUAAAGUAUUGUUUCAUUUUUUUUUCAACAAAGUCAAAGUUAAGAUGUCAUUCUUUUUGGCAGAUGCUAACAUUAAAGUCUUUCAACAUGGUGACAUUUACUGGUGUUUAAUUGUUCUUCCAUUUGUCAUUAGACAAUGAGAAAUAGAAAUUGGUGGUGCAGUUCUUUAUUCAUCAAUAAGAUGUGUAUUUUAAAAGUAGUUACCGGUACCAAGAUGCAAAAAGAAAAGCAUGGGUAAAUAAUAAAUAAUUUUUUUGGAACUUUUUUGGAAUACAUAAUUAUAUUUACAGUUUUGACCAGUAAUUAUAUUUUUUUUAAAUCUUUAUAGGCCUUACCCAGUUACUUAAAAGGCUACCACAAAUGUACUAAAGAAGAGGCGGCUCACCUUGGGGCCCUGAUCUACAGAACAAAGUAUGGAGAGAAUGAAAUAUAUUUCUCAAACACAUCGUAAGGAAUUUGUUUACUAGCUAAAUAUUACCUUAUUUUUAUGGUUAGAAAAAACUCUUAUCAAAAGGAUGUAGCCACAAAUAAUUGAAGUAGUGAUCAAUAACUAGAUAUUUAGUAGUUUCUACAGUCUCUCAGUUCAACCAAUUUUCUAGUUGUGACUUUUUUUCACUUCUAACUAUGAUAAUAAUUGCCAUCUUGGUGUUAACAUUAUUAUUAACUUAUCAAUAACUAUAAUCAAUUCUUAUUUAUAUAUAUAUAUAUAUAUACAUUGGGAAAGUACUGGUGGGUUUUUUUUAGACCGUUGUUUUAAUUGUUUUUAAACUUAAUAAAGCUUUUAAAGAGUGGAAAGUUAAAUAAAAAUUAAAUUAAAAAAACACUAACUACCUUGCAAUGGGGGACUGGGAGAUGAUCCCACAAGUUGGUUGGCUGAGAGGUUUUAGGUUUUCAACACUAUCUUAAGGACAAUACUGCCAUAAACAAUUAAUUUAUUUCCUUAUAAUUAUAAUAGCUAUUUUAAUUUACAUUAGCAAGUAGAAAAACAUUGUUGAUUACCGCCCCUGUAAAGUUAGAUUCUUUGAAAGUGCAAAACAAUACAAUUAACUUUUUUUUUUUUAAAUUCACAAAAAGAUGCUCACAAAUGUAUGUUGUAUGCACUCGAUAUCUUUUUAAAAUGUAUAAAUAAUUUUAUGUUUCAACAGGGAAAUUUUAAGUGAACUAAUUCCUAGUGAUCUUUUGGGUGAACAGUCAGCUGAUCAGUGGAAGAUGGUGAGAUGAGUUUCUAAUAAUUAUUACUUAAUAACGUGCAGUGGCCGAGUUGACGUUUAUUGGGCUACCAAGCUGUUCAUCUCUUUUUAGGUUUAUGAAUUUAUGGUAAGGGCCCAUUCUUAAUUGAUGUCAAUCUAUUUUAACAAAUUGUAUUACCCUUCCCCACUAAUCACAAAUUUAUCACAAAAAUUAGACACCCUGGUGAAAGUGAUUUUUUACAAAUUUGUGUAUGUCAGAUCUAUUUGCACAUUUGAGUUGGAUUGCCUAUGUCUGUGCUAAAGAUUUGAAUUAACAUGUUGUGAAAUUGUCUUAAUGGCACCACAGAGAAAGGGAAAUUUACAAGAUUUUUUUUUUUAAAUAAAAGGAAGUCCAUCUGCUAAGGGUAGAGAAUAUGUCUAAUAGGAAAUUAUUGUUUUUAAGUCAUAAUUAAAUGUUGUGAAACAAAUAUUGAAAACUUAACUGUAUGGUUGAUUUUGACCAAAGAAGAUUAUCAACAUUACAAAGUUUAAAUACUUUGACAUUUUUUAGAGAACCAUUUUUUGAAGGAGACAGAGAAAUAUUUCUUAAAUGCUGUAAUUAUGUUUUUAUUGAAAGAUUGUUGUUUACAAUUAGGACAUCAUGAUAGAACACAAGAAAGAUAACGGCAAGAGCUCUAAUCAAAGUAAAACCAGUUUCUUGGAUGUUAUGUCACAGUGGAGUACUUUUGGAUCAGACUUUUUUGAAGUUAAGGUACAUAUCUUCUUAAAUAAAAGUAGAGCAUAAUUGUGCGGAGGACUCUACAAAUAUUUAUAAAUUAAUGUAAGACCUCUUAUAUAAGUUCUUCUUUGUGUUCAUAAGUUGUUGUGUUUAAUGACAAGUCAUCACACAUGUCAAUAGAACCACUCUGCUUUUGCCAUUAGCUCAAUAUAAUAAUAAUCAGGUCAAUGUGGGACAUUUCAAGUUAGUUUCUGUUUCCUGCUAGAGCCUUGGGAAAUAUUUAACCCACCCUUUCAAUUUCAAUAUGAUAAAUAUUAGUUCCCUUAGUUUGCAGAGAUCUAUAUUCUUAGUCUAACAUUGGAGAAGUGCUGAAUGGAUUUUUUGCACAUUCAUGCUUGCAAAAAAUCUGUAAAAUAAAUCACACUAACAAUUUGUGUUUAUGUUCCUCUGUAUGAGGGAAAAACAAAAUAAUAAUAUAACUUUAUUUAAUAUAAAUUAAGGAUUAUCAUUAUUAAUGAUAAAAUCUGGUCUUAACUCUUUAAUAGCAAACGUAUGACCCAAGUAUUCCAGAAAACUUACUUAUAGCCAUCAAUGAAAAUGGUCUCCACUUGUUACACCAACAUAGCAAGGUAUUGUUUCACUAAGCUGUUUACUCAGACUUAAAGAUUUAAAGCAUUUUUGUAACACAUAUUUGUUGUUGUAAGUCGAUAGAUUUAAGUUUAUCAAUCCAAAAUAAACAUAAACUAAAACACACUAGAUCUUGUAAAUUUUAGAAAAAAUAGCAAGUGCAUUUUUUUCAUUUCCGACCAUUUUUUUUUACAUUUGAUAUAAGGAAGUAGGUAAUGUAAUGGCAUUUUUUUUUUAAAAUGUAGUAAUUUGACUCCAGUCAAAUUAUUACUGUUAUUAAAUAAUAACCAUAGCAUUUCAUGUAUAUUUUAAGAUUUAAACAGUCUGUAAAAGUUUAUAAAAUAUUUUCACUUGACACUCCACCCCCCAACUUGCCACAUUUUCCAACCAGGAGCUAAUCAUGAGAUACCCGUUUUCAAAAAUCACCAGCUGUAGAGGAGAAGACACACAUUUUCAGUUUGAGACCAUGGGAACUCUGGACAAUGAAAUACAAUUGAAAUUUCUAACAGCAAUGGUAAGGUUCAUCUCUAUACAAAGUACAAGAGACAUGGUGAUGAGUUGAAUCUGAUAUCAAAUAUACGUAGGCUUGAGGGAAAUUUAAACAAUUAUCUUCUAUAUUUAUGCUUUUUUUAAAAACAUUAUAGUUUUGUAGUUGUAUUUGUGUUUUUAUUUUUCAGGGUUAUAAGAUGGAAGACCUUGUGGCAUCAUACAUCAAGUUGAUUGUCUGAUCAACAACAUAAAUUGGAUGAUUCAUUUGAAUGACCUUAUGAUGAUAUAAAUCAGUUUGUGAUGGAUGUAUGAUCCUGUAGGCGAUAGAUGUCAUGCCUUAGGAUAUUAUUUAAAUAAUGCCUUUGGCUGAUUUCUAUAAGUGAACCUAAAUAAUGUGUGAUUGUUGAAGAUAAAUUUUAUUCUGAAUGUUAAUAAUGUUCUUAGCCAAGUCUAUUUCAUUUUAUGGAGACCUGACCUCUCGGCUACUUGCUAGAGUGUCAUAUAAUAUAAAAUAAGAUAAAAUAAGAUAUUUUUAUUGAUCCAAAUAAAUGGAUUGUUUUUGCUUCAUACAUUGUACAUAUUGUUUUCAGUCUUGAAAAUCCUCAUCUGAGUUUUUCAUUGUUCCAUAAAAUUAGUCUGUAGCGAGAUAACUGUGCAGUAUGAAUAACUGUUGAGUUUCUGAGAGUGAGUUGUAAUUUUGAACAGUCUUGGCUUUUUGCUUGAAGGUAGUUCUCGUUUUUUUUUUCAAAAUCCUUACACCAUCGUAUGAUUGUAUUUAAUGAAUGUUGAGAGCAGUGCACACUGUUACAGUGAAGAACGCAGUGUUACAGAUUAUGAUAUCUGACGUAAGAAUAAAACUGUCACUGUCAUAAAUAAUGCAGGAGGCUUCAUAAAGCAGGUUCAUUUGGUAAAGAGGGUAAGAGUGUACAUUCAAUUUCAUCACCAAGAAUAUAGGUGAUUUCCUACAUGACUUUUUAAUGUAAUGCUUCUGUGAUAAGUACAAGAAAUCGUUGACAUUACAACUUAACUUCUUGGUAUACGUCAACAUGAGAAACCAGUGUGCUAUUUAGUUGUUAUUUACUUUAUAAACGACAUUACAUCAUUCAUUUUAAAAUAUUUAGCACAUCGGUUCAAAAAAAGUAAAUUUUCAGCUUAACCUGGCUUUGUUUUAAUUUAAUAUUGUAUUUAAUACCCAAUUCAUUUUAUUGUGACCAGUAAGAUUUUGUUGUAUCUAUAAGUUCUGGUAUUGUUGUGAAUACAAUCAAAUCACUGUUUUAUACAAAGGUCAACUUUCUAUGUACAAAUAUUUUCUAUUUAAAUCAAAUUUGUAGAGAAUUUUAUGAUUGUUUGGAUCAUGAGAUGUCUGGCAUUGUCAAGUCAAUUGCUAUGAUAUAUUGAAAAUUUAACGGGCCUCUGUUAAGUGUCUUUGCCUAAACUAAACCACCCACUGCCUAACUAGUAGUAGUCUUCUAUGCAAAUUUUUACAGUUCAUACAUUUUCUGCUUUUAUUUAUUUCUUUUCAUGUUAUUAUUAAUGUAAAUGUAAAGGACACUUCAAUGUAAUGUCAUCAGUAUGUGUAAAAGUGUAUGUCUUGAAUUAAAAUAG